CAUUUCCAUGUUCUCACAUUUUCAUCAAUUCUCACUUCAAACUUUUACACAACAUGGGUGUUUCGCUUGUUGGAAUCUCAGUUUUUCUUCUGUCGUUGAUCAUAUUUUGCAUGUUUGAGGUUUCUCUGGCUGGCAGUACCAGACACUACCAUUUUGAAAUAAGGCACCAAAAUGUGACAAGACUGUGCCACACAAAGAGCAUGGUGACAGUGAACGGCCAGUUUCCAGGACCUCGCAUUGUGGCAAGGGAGGGAGAUCGUCUUCUUAUCAAAGUCACCAACCAUGUGCCCGACAACAUCACCAUUCACUGGCAUGGCAUUCGGCAGCUUCGAUCCGGGUGGGCUGAUGGACCAGCAUACGUGACUCAAUGCCCCAUCCAAAGUGGUCAGACUUAUGUUUACAAUUACACUAUCAGUGGCCAAAGGGGAACACUCUUUUGGCAUGCCCAUAUUUCAUGGCUAAGAGCAAGUCUUUAUGGUCCUCUCAUCAUUCUUCCCAAACUCAAUGCUCAGUAUCCUUUUCCUAAACCCCACAAGGAAAUUCCUAUCUUGUUUGGAGAAUGGUGGAAUACAGAUCCUGAGGCAGUCAUAAAACAAGCCCUGCAAACUGGUGGAGGCCCAAAUGUCUCUGACGCCUACACAAUUAAUGGACUUCCAGGGCCAUUGUAUAACUGCUCUCACAAAGAUACAUUCAAGCUGAAGGUGAAGCCAGGGAAGACUUAUCUCUUAAGAUUCAUCAAUGCGGCUCUGAACGAUGAGCUAUUUUUCAGCAUUGCAAAUCACACAGUGACAGUUGUUGAAGCAGAUGCAGUUUAUGUGAAGCCUUUCACGACCAAUACCCUCCUUAUUGCACCUGGACAAACCACUAAUGUUCUUCUGAAAACAAAGUCUCACUAUCCCAACGCCACAUUCCUCAUGACUGCAAGACCAUAUGCCACUGGCCUUGGCACUUUCGACAACUCAACUGUGGCUGCCAUUUUGGAAUACAAAACCCCACUAAAUACUCAUCAUUCAUCUCCUUCAAUUAAAAACCUUCCCCUCCUCAAACCUCUUCUCCCUGCACUCAACGACACUUCUUUUGCCACAAAAUUCACCAACAAACUUCGUAGCUUAGCUAGCCCUCAGUUUCCGGCAAAUGUACCACAGAAAGUUGAUAAGCAGUUUUUCUUCACAGUAGGCCUUGGCACAACUCCCUGCCAGAAAAACCAAACUUGUCAAGGACCCACCAAUGCAACAAAGUUUUCAGCAUCAGUCAACAAUGUUUCUUAUAUACAACCAACCACUGCUCUUCUUCAAGCACACUUCUUUGGCCAAUCCAAUGGAGUUUACACCCCUGACUUUCCAACUAAACCAUUGCUUCCAUUCAACUAUACUGGGACCCCUCCAAACAACACCAUGGUGAGCAAUGGAACAAAAGUGUUGGUUCUUCCCUUUAACACCAGUGUAGAGCUUGUGAUGCAGGACACCAGCAUUCUGGGUGCUGAAAGUCACCCUCUCCAUUUGCAUGGCUUUAACUUCUUUGUUGUUGGUCAAGGUUUUGGGAACUUUGACCCAAAUAAGGACCCAAAAAACUUCAAUCUUCUUGAUCCCGUUGAGAGAAACACAGUUGGUGUCCCUUCUGGUGGAUGGGUUGCUAUCAGAUUCUUAGCAGAUAAUCCAGGGGUAUGGUUCAUGCAUUGUCAUUUGGAAGUGCACACAAGUUGGGGUCUUAAGAUGGCCUGGCUUGUCUUGGAUGGAAAGCUCCCAAAUCAGAAGUUGCUUCCACCACCAGCUGAUCUUCCCAAGUGUUAACAAACCCUAAAUUUCUUCAUUUUGUUUCAUCAUUCUGCCUCCUUUUUUGUUUCCCCAUGCGCAAUUGCUUCUAACCAGUUGCUUUUCAUUAAUUUUUUUUAUUUUUUUUUUGCGUGAAAAGAGUUGAGGAUUGACUUGAGGUUGAGUGUGAUUUUUUCCCUUUCUUUAAGAGAAGAGAUUUAUUUAUACACGGCGCCCCUUAUCUACAAAAUUGUAAUUGAUCCUUUUGAAUGAAAAUUCUUCAUCAGAAGUAUAGCACA